AUGCUUCCCAAAGCAGCCUUCCUGGCCCUGUUCUGGGCCAGCGUUCAAGUAGCUGGACAUACUACUGAUGGAUCCAGCACGAGUGCAAGUCGCAAUGUCGCCGUCAACAUAGAAGAGUACUGCUUUUACUCUAUCUAUACUAGUUUGUCUGCAUUCACAUUCAAAGACAGUGUGACUGUCACUUCCGCCACGACAGCCUCUCAAUCUCACGGCGGUUCCUCAUCUUCCUCGUCCGGUGAGUCCACCUCCAUGGAAUCAUCAGAGACUUCCUCCCAUGGAUCAUCUGAGUCCUCCGAUGAAUCCUCCGAGUCUUCGGAGACAUACACACACGGAUCAUCCGAAUCUUCCGCCGAAAGCUACACACAUGACUCUUCUGAGUCCAGCUCUGAGGCAUCUUCCGCUUCCUCCGAGGGUCACUCACACGGGGCAUCACGACGCAGUGUGGUUCUUGAGAAACGUCGCCAAAGUGGCUCCGGCUCGUAUGGCUCAUACACUACUGGGCCAUGCAACAGCACCGUGGAAGUGACUUCCAUGUAUGCUAGUGCCAAGGCACGGUGUUCUGAGAAAGACUUUAGAGUGGUAGUUCCAUACUGGCAAAGCCUUUGUGCCAAGAACAGCAUGGAACUCAUGAGCCUGACUGCGAUUGAAGCUAAGUUAACGGAUGAGUAUAUCAGCUCGCUGCCUCAAAUCGAUCCAGAUCAGAAUAACGUAACAACCACUGGCAUCAUUGAGUCACCUGUAUUGCUCACCCAGUCCUAUUAUAACAGAGCCUAUAAAUCCUACGUGAGCCAUGAUUAUGCUAUCACAAAGGACAAGCGGUAUGGAUGGGGAAUCCUGGGAUACUGGGGAGGCGUCCUAGUUUUGGGCAUGAUCUCCAAGGCAUGGACAGUCUUCUUCAGCAGGCGGAGCGUGCGUGGUGGUCAUGACCCCGAGACUCGACCAAGUCUACACAACAAGAAAGGUCCCCUUGCAUCUCUAUUCCAUUCCUUCAGAACACACAUCAUUAUGCCGGCCACACUUGCCCCAGCAAUCUCUAACCACCAGCAACUUUGGCUCUCGCAUGCUCUUCCGAAGCGAGUUGACACUUUGAUUGUGCUGGGCUUCUGGAUUGUCAGUAUCAUUCUGAGUUGUGUGGGCUACGACAGUUUCACUGGCAGUCUUUUAGUACCAAGUCUGGCGCAGCAAAAUUGGCAAUAUACCUCCGAUCGCACCGGUAUCCUCGCAUAUGCCUGCCUGCCGUUUUUAUGGCUUUUCAGUGGACGGAACAAUGUUUUCCUCCAAAUGACAAACUUCAGUGUUCAGUCGUUCACGAUGUUCCACCGCCAUAUCGCAUGGGCUUGCACUAUCUUGGCCGUCGUGCAUUCCAUCAACUAUAGCGUUCUUUUCGCAGAAUAUGUUGGUCGCUAUUGGAUUGCUUGGAAGGAAGAGUACUGGUACAUGGGCGUGGUAGCCACAAUCCUCCUAUGCUUCAUGCUUGUGCAGUCCAUGACAUUCUUCCAACGACGUUGGUACGAAACCUUCCUUUUGAUUCACAUUGUUUUCGCCAUCGUCAUCAUGGUGGCUCUCUUUCAACAUACCAGCUUCAACGGUCAUGAAUGGGUCGGGUAUCUUUGGUCACCGGUCGCACUUUGGAUCCUGGAGCGACUUGCUCGCAUCACUCGUGUGGCAUACUGCAACCUCAACGCUCGAUUUGGGAGUCAGUUCUUGGGUACCUCGACGACAGUCACAUACAGCGAGGCAAGCGAUUUGAUCACAAUUGAUAUGGUUCCUGGAGCAGCAACCUUGACACCCAAGCCAGGCCAGCUGUACUAUCUGUACCAGGCAACUUUGCUAAAAGGUUGGGAGAACCACCCCUUUUCUCUGGGUGCAUGGGCCUCGGCCUCUCAAAAUAUGUCUGAAAAGACAUCGACAGCCAAAAAUGAGCACAAGCUCAUCUUUUACGUGCGGCCCUACGACGGCUGGACCCGUCGUCUCCGUGAUCAAUGUCGCAAGGCAGGCGGAGUCACUCACCCGAAGCUCCUCCUCGAGGGACCUUAUGGCCACGCCGAGCCUGUGUACUCCUACAACACGGUUGUGAUCAUUGUUGGCGGAACGGGUAUUGCGGUAGCAGUGCCCUACCUCCUGGACCACAUUGCCCGUGUGAAAGAAGGCAAGGCCCAGACCUCCAAAAUCCAGCUUGUGUGGUCCAUCCGACAGAUGGAAAUGUUCAACGAGGUCUUCAACAGCGAUUUGGCCGAGAUCAUGCAACACAACGACAUUACUAUCACUGUCUUCUGUACUCGCCUUGUCACCAUUGGACACGACUCUGAUUCCGACGAUGUGACGCUUUCUGGAAUUGCGCCGGCAAUCAAGGCCGCAGGUACCGAUUCCCUCAUGAGCAACAGAAGUCCGCGGUUCAUGCCUGGUCGCCCGAAUAUCCGUGAAAUAGUCAUGGCAGAGGUGCAAGAAGCUCAGGCUAGCUCUACUAACCUGGGCGUGUUGACUUGCGGUCCGGCCCAAAUGGCUGAUGAGUGUCGCGGAACUGUGUAUGACGCUAUGAGAAAUGGGUUCCAGGAUAUCGAGUACUUUGAGGAGGCAUUUGGGUGGUAG